AUGGCCGUGGAAUGGCUAACAUGGCAAGGUCUUGGCGAUGUGGUAAAUCGUUUCCGGAGAGGUCUUGAUCUCGAGGAGGUUCCCUUGUCAGAGGGACCACUACUAGCUGAAACGCUCAAGAUACCAUUCACGUAUUGCUGGUCUCCUGCUCUAGUUCCUAAGCCGUUUGACUGGCCUCCUCAUAUAGACGUCUGCGGGUUCUUCUUCCGCGACCCGCCCAGUUACAAUCCCCCUAUCGAGCUGAGCGACUUUCUCGGCAAGGACAAGGGCUCGGCACCAAUCUACAUAGGAGGGGAUACAGAGCUCAAGUUGUCUAAGCUGGCCACUGGUGUGUUGCUCGAGCACCUCAAAGUUGACUACAAGAAGCUAGGGCUGCACGAAACUCGGGAAAUAUUCAUCGACAACCGCCGAUGGGAUCCCGUCACGAGUACUACUUCCGCCGCGCUUGGCGUUGGCACUGACAUGAUGGCCGCCACCACGGGCAUAUUUACUCGACCCGUUCAGGAAUACCAGCGUCAACGCCAACUCCAGUCGAUCUCCUCCGAUCUAUCGCCUGAGCCCUCUAGACUGUCUCGACCGUCAAGCGGGUCAUCCCACGGCCAAUCCCGGUCCCACUCUCCCACCCCAAGCAACCAUAGCGGGAUGAAGGUUGCAGGCAAAAUGGCACUGGCAUCUGCUUCAGGCGUUGGGGACUUCUUCAAGGCACAUGGGAGGGGCUUCCUCCUGAACAUACCGCUAGCAACGACGGAAGGGCUGCGAAAUAUGCCGAGGCUCUAUGGGGAGCACGUGCCGGAGAACGAGCGAAUCAAGGACUGGAAGUCCGGGGCCAUUGUGGGUGGGAAGAACUUUGUCACCGGGAUGGCUGGCGGCAUGACGGACUUGUUCGUGCAGCCGUACCUCGGGGCGAAGGAAGACGGAGUUGCUGGAGCAGCAAAGGGGUUGGCCAAGGGCAUGGCUGGCGUAGCAACCAAGACACUGUCAGUGCAUGCCGUCUAG